UAUUAACGGAUGAAACGUCAAGUUGUCCUCUCGUUGGGCGCCACUUAUGCAGUAAAUUGGCAACCCUAAUCUAAUUAUGUGUAUUUAUUAAAAAUUAAGAACAUAGGUGGUUUCUAAACCAAUAGCUCUCCCAACCAUAUCCCUUAUUUACUCGUAACUCAAAAUAAAAUGCCCUUCCUACAAGAAAAAGCAAUAAAUCAAAACCUCUGCCAAGCCUUCUCUAGCUGGCAACACUACUCAAUAACUUUGUCACUUCGUAAGCAAUACAUAAAGAUACAUAAUUUUUAACAUUCACACAGCUUAAGAUAAAAGAUUACUAUCAAAAAGCUAGAGAUACAUCCAAAAGUAAAAAAAAGUCCAACCAACCAAAAAAAAAAAAAAAACACAGACUUGAUGAAAACAACAGAAAGAAAGAAAACAACCAUAUAAUACUCUGGCGACAUUAAAGUAUGGGUCACUUCAACACUCAACAACAAACUUCCAUAUCCAACUCAAAAAAACCAAAACAUACUAUAACCUACCUACUUACUGUAUUUCUCCUCCAUUAAAUGUUACUCAUUUUCAAAUUGAGUUCUCUGGCUGUAUCUCUCAUAUCCAAAAGGCAUACAAAACCCAAAGUCAUACGCAACGCACAAAGACGAAUGAGUGUUGUGUGUUGGGGAUUAGAGAACUUUUAGCUUGAUCCAUAGAUAUAUUUUUAUAUUUGGAGAGAGAAACCAAAAAACCAAAGAAAUACAAAAAAAAGUGGGGGUUGUCAUAGUUGUUGUUGUUGCUUUGUGCCUUUUUGCCUAGCCGGCGACGACAACCGACACGGCCGUUGCUCUCUUUCUCUCUCUCUCCCUCUUUAUCUCUCUUUACCAACACUUGAAUAAGUGUAUCUCUCUCUCUGCUCUGUGUUCUGUGUAUAUCAUUUGUGUGGAGGAAAGGAACACAACUCCAAUUGUGCAGAGCAAAGUCUUUUGCUGAUUGAAAAAUACCCGCCCGCCGCCUGCUAGCCAUCAGCCAACCCAGCCAGCUAGUCAGUAGUUUUGUUUAUGCUGCCGUCGCGUCAAUGAGAAAUUAACCGUUUCUUGUACAGAUACGUACAGAUAUUGCAUCGUUUGUCGUUGUCGCUACCGCCGUAUCGUUGUCGAAUGUCGCGCCGAAAAUUUAUAUUAAUAAAUUAAUUAUUCUUGUUAAGCGUUUUGUGUGACCGAAGAGGUGCGAAAUCAUAUUGUUUUCGCGCUUUUUGAAGUUUGCGCCCCCAAACCCUAUCAUUGUGGGCUUAGCCAAAUUACCGUCAUUCGUUCGGAUGCGGUGACAUGACAAAUAGUGACAUCUAUUUAUCUAUCAUUUCUGUCAAAUUGUUAAAAUUGAAAUGUACAUGAAUGUGUCAAAUGGAAGACAGGUGCGCGCGUUAAAUGCAAAAUUCAAAUUUGCAAUGUUUCUAUUUUGCGUUAAAUUUAUUUGAUAGUUUGUUAUUUGUCGGUUUAGAUACAGUAGUGUCAAUUGUGUCCAAUUUGACAACUAUUUUUGACAGAUAAAUCUGCCAUUUGAAAUUAAACCGAAAAGAAGUAUUAUAGGAGUAAAAAAUAGUGUGAAUGUCCCCAUGUGUUGACACGAAGAGACAACGAUAAUGGCCUGUCAGUCAUUCACUGAUAAUCUAAUUAAAUUGAUAGACAAGUGGUAAAGAAGAACCCAAUCAUUUACGCGGAUUUCUCUCUCACAACAAUUAUUUGUGCAACACAUCAAAUCAAAUAAAAUUAAAAAAAAAGAAAAAAUAUUAUUAUUUGACAAUCACUUUGAUUGUCUACAUAUGUUGUUUUGUUAGUGCAAUUGUCAGUUUGUUCUGUCAGUUAAUAUGUUAUUUUGUUAUAUUUUGUAUAAUUAAACAACAAAUAUCAAUAAAAUAUUUAAUCAGUGCGUGUGCAAUCAGUGUUUUGUGUGUGUUUUUUUCUUUAGUUUAUUGAUUUUUUCUUUCAAUUCUUUUAUUUACCUUUUGUAAAAGAAAAAAAGUGCUAAUUUGACAAAUUGGCAAACAUUAACAAUAUAACAGUAGCAGCAGCUGUCAUCAAGAAGAUCUCUUUUUUUGUUUGCCUUAAGGCAUCAACACAAUAAAAAAAAUAAAAUAAAAUUAUACUAACCAGAAGCAACCAUGGAUUGUGAUUACUCGAAAUUUCUUUAUAAACACGGUAUUGUAGGAGCCGGCGCCAUAACGUCGCGGUGGACACCUGUAGGUGCCGGUCCCCCAGGUCCAUUGGGACCGGCAGACACAAAUGGCAGUAUGGCGGAUGCCAAAAAUUUAGACGUCGGAGAUAUGAGUGACGACGAAAAAGAUCUCUCAUCAGCCGAUGCCGAAGGUGUCUGGAGUCCUGACAUCGAACAGAGUUUUCAAGAAGCCUUAACAAUAUACCCACCAUGUGGCAGAAGAAAAAUCAUUCUCUCUGACGAGGGAAAGAUGUACGGACGAAAUGAACUCAUAGCACGAUAUAUAAAACUUCGCACAGGAAAAACGAGAACACGAAAGCAAGUUAGUUCACAUAUUCAAGUGCUGGCCAGACGAAAACUGCGAGAAAUCCAAGCUAAACUUAAAGUUGAUCAUAUAGGUAGCAGCAAUGGUGGCAAAGAUAAAUCUCUACACACAAUAUCCUCCAUGUCAAGUUCGCAAAUAGUUUCUGCAUCGGCGGCCAAAAGUUUGGCAGCACUCCAUCAAUCAGCAGUGUCCGCCCAACACCAUCCGCCGCAUCAUCAACUGUCACAUUUACCAACUUUGGCACAACUUGACCACCACCAGCAGCAGCAACAACACCACCUUCCACACCACCACCUGCAACAAUCGCAACUUCAUACGCACCAUUUACAUCAUCCACUACACCAUCCGCCGAUGUAUCCUGGUCAAUUUUGGCAGCCAGGUCUACAGCCGAGCACCUCACAAGAAGAAUAUCUUUCCAGCAUAAAGCCAUUUACACAACCACCAUAUCCCGCCGGAAAACCAUCAACAGCUGUGUCUGGUGAAAUUGAAGCAGGUCUUCCACCAGCCCAGCCACCAUGGGAAGGCAGAGCGAUAGCGACGCACAAAUUCCGAUUACUUGAAUUCUCCGCGUUUAUGGAAAUCCAAAGAGAUGAAAUUUAUCACCGGCAUCUUUUCGUACAGCUUGGAGGCAAACCGUCCUAUACAGAUCCAUUGCUUGAGUCCGUUGACAUCCGGCAAAUAUCAGACAAAUUCCCUGAAAAAAGUGGCGGUCUUAAAGAUCUCUAUGAAAAAGGCCCGCAAAAUGCUUUCUAUUUGGUUAAAUGUUGGGCAGAUCUUAAUACAGAAAUUUCUGGAGAAGCUGGAGUUUUCUAUGGCGUGACAAGCCAAUUUGAAAGCAAUGAAAAUGUCGUCCUUAUCUGUUCAACAAAAGUGUGUUCGUUUGGCAGUCAAGUUGUGGAAAAAGUCGAAACCGAAUAUUCCCGCCUUGAAAAUGGUCGUUUUGUCUAUCGCAUACAAAAAUCACCGAUGUGCGAAUAUAUGAUUAACUUUAUUCAAAAACUGAAGAACCUGCCCGAAAGAUACAUGAUGAAUAGUGUACUGGAAAAUUUUACAAUUUUACAGGUUAUUGCGUCACGUGACACACAAGAAACACUAUUAUGCAUAGCAUACGUGUUUGAAGUGGCGGCCCAAAAUAGUGGUGCAACACAUCAUAUUUAUCGAUUGAUAAAAGAAUAGCAUGAGCUUCUUCCAUUGGCC